AUGAGACCUCCCAGCCCUCUGCUGAUCCUGCUGUACGUCACGCUGUCCAAGAGUUUAAAGGUGGUCUCCAAGAGAGGCUCAGUGGACGGCUGUACAGACUGGUCAGUGGACUACCUGAAGUACCGGGUGCUGCAGGGUGAGCCGGUGCGGCUGAAGUGCGCUCUGUUCUAUGGUUACAUCCGGGCCAACUACAGCCAGGCACAGAGUGUGGGCCUCAGCCUCAUGUGGUACCGCAGCUCGGGCCUGGGCCACAGCGACUUCGAGGAGCCCAUCUCUUUCGACGGCGUGCGUAUGAGCAAGGAGGAGGAUGCCAUCUGGUUCAGACCUGCUGACCUCCAGGACGUGGGCCUGUACUCCUGCGUCUUACGGAACUCCACGUACUGCAUGAAGGUGUCCAUGUCUCUGAUAGUGGCGGAGAAUGACACAAACCUGUGCUACAACUCCAACAUGAGACGAGCUGAGAAGGCUGAGCUCAGCAAGAGUAAAGACAUCCUCUGUCCUGACAUAGAUGACUAUGUUGAACCUGGCAAAGAGCCGGACAUCACCUGGUUCAAGGAGUGCCGUCCAAAGCAGUGGCGUGCCAGUAUCCUCCAGAAGCGAGACAUUCUGUCCAUCCAGGAGGUAAAGGAAGAUGACAUUGGGAAUUACACCUGUGAAGUCCAGUUUGGUGGCUUCGUGGUCAGGAGGACAGCUGAACUCACAAUCACUGCUCCUUUGACCGACAAGCCGCCAAAGAUCCUGUUUCCCUCGGAAAACAAGAUUAGCAACAUGGAGCUGCAGCUAGGAAGCGCUUUGAACCUGACGUGCCGGGCAUUUUUCGGCUACAGCGGCGACGUCAGCCCACUCAUCUACUGGAUGAAGGGAGAGAAGUUCAUCGAGGACUUGGACGAAGAGAGGAUCCAGGAAAGCGACAUCAAGGUUGUCAAGGAGCAUCUCGGUGAGCAGGAAGUGGCCAUUUCUUUGACCAUUGACUCCUUGGAGGAGGAGGACCUGGGAAAUUAUUCCUGUUAUGUGGAAAAUGGUAACGGCCGUCGCCAAGCUACCAUCCAGCUCUUCAGGCGGGCAGAACUCAUGUACACCGUGGAGCUGGCAGGAGGGCUGGGAGCGAUCCUCCUGCUACUCAUCUUCCUCAUCUCCCUUUACAAAUGCUACAAGAUCGAGCUGAUGCUUUUCUAUAGGAGGCACUUUGGCAGCGAGGAUGUGGAUGGAGAAAAUAAAGACUACGAUGCGUACCUGUCCUACACCAAAGUGGACCCUGACCAGUGGAGUCAGGAGACCAGGGAGGAGGAACGCUUUGCCCUGGAGAUCCUCCCCGAUGUCCUGGAGAAACAUUACGGCUACAAACUCUUCAUCCCAGAUCGAGACCUCAUUCCAACAGGAAGUCUCACCAAUGAGCAUUACCAGGACGAAACACGACUCUUUGGAGCUUACAUCGAGGACGUGGCACGCUGUGUGGACCAGAGCAAGCGCCUCAUUAUAGUGAUGACACCCAACUAUGUGGUGCGGCGAGGCUGGAGCAUCUUUGAGCUGGAGACGCGGCUGCGCAACAUGCUGGUGACUGGAGAGAUCAAAGUCAUCCUGAUCGAGUGUGCCGAGUUGCGCGGCAUCAUGAACUACCAGGAGGUGGAGGCCCUCAAGCAUACCAUUAAAACCCUCACUGUCAUCAAGUGGCGCGGCUCCAAGAGCAACAAGCUCAACUCCAAGUUCUGGAAGCAGCUGCAGUACGAGAUGCCGUUCAGGCGCACAGAGCCCAUGCUCACCCACGAGCCGGCGCUGGACGUCAGCGAGCAGGGCCCCUUCGGAGAGCUGCAGACCGUCUCCGCCAUCUCCAUGGCAGCGGCCACUUCCACCGCCAUGGCGACCGCCCACCCCGAACUGCGCUCGUCUUUCCACAACACCUACCACACCACCAUGAGGCAGAAACACUACUACCGCAGCUACGAGUAUGACUUACCCCCAGGAGGGACCCUGCCACCUCUGUCCUCUCUGGGGAACCAGCACACCUACUGCAACAUCCCACUGACACUGCUGAACGGACAGAGGCCGCCCGGGAAGAGCCGAGAGCACAGCCUGGAGGAGGCGCACGCUAACAACGCCAUGCUCCCUCUGCUGCCGAGAGAAACCAGCAUCUCCAGCGUCAUCUGGUAAUGAUGAGCAGGCUCAGCAUCGGCCAAAGGAAGAUCAGUCGGAGCCAGAUGUGGCGAGGCUCAGUCUGGUAGGAACAGUUUAUGAUCGUGAACGCGGCGAGAAGAGAUUUGGACCCGUUUGGUUCCAACCGUUGUUAACUGGCGGCAAGUGAUGGAGAUACAGCAGGUUGGACUUCCCUUGUUUUUUUCAAGCGGACAGCGCCUCUUUUACAGAGGAUGUUUUCUAAAUGGAACUACAGGAGAUAAAAUUAAAACACUGUUUCAUCCACGAGCGAGAUACGGACUUGCAAGAACUCCACAUUCAAGAACACUCUAUGGCAAUUGUGCACACAUUCGCGCGUACACACACACACACACACACACACACAC